UGUGGGCAACAUGUCCUUUAUUUCACUCGGGUGUGAGUGGGCUGAGUUCAAAAAAGAGGUCAGCACGUGGGUUAAGGAGGGGUGGAAAUAUAAGAGUUCAGGGGUAGCGACUGGAGCACUCAUUCCUUCAUGGGAGCAACAUUCUUUCUUCCCCAGGGAUGGUUCUAUUUGGGCGGGUCCCUACAUUCGGCCCUAACAGAGAGCAGGUGAUUGCCUUCUGACCUAAUUCCUAUAAUGGGAGCACCCAGGAGCACAGGGCACACCCAAGGGCCUCCCUGUCUGCUCCUCUAAGGGAACCACAGAGUCAGACCCUGGCUCCCAGUGUGGGGAAAUUAGAGAUUUGAGACCUUGAACCCCCCAAGAGAAAAACAUCCAAAAGCAUAAUGGAGCUUAGGAGUUGACUGAGCAAAGAAACAGCAACUUAAUUUUAGCAUUUCAAUUGGUUUUAGCUUUGCUGACUAACAGUAAGUCUGUACAAAUUCUUGCAGAAAAUAGUUUUGAGGAAGCAAACGGUGAUUGCAACUUGCCUACUUAAAGGUUAAAUGGACAGGGCACGUUGUAACACAAAUGGCCGUGGGCACUGCAACCUGGCAAAGCCUGACAGUAAUUGAGCCUGGGGGCAGCAGCUCUCCAGGUAAAGGGAUCCAGCGCCAGCCCUGAAGGGGGCUGGAAUGCAGAAACCCUGGGAGAGAGAGGUGUUGCAAAAGUCACUGGGCACAGUGUGCGCAACCAAAACCCACAGAAACAGAGGAAAAAAACCUCUGGGGCAGAGAGAGAGGAAAGACUUCUUUCUCUCCCAGCUUCCAAUGUGGGCAUUGGCAUCAGCCUAUUUGCCCCACAGGAGACAAGGGGACAACCAUCCUCUCUCAACUCCUGAAGAGUGAGGCCAACCAAGCAUAUGUGAGCACAUCCUGUUUGCUUUAAAGUUAUGUUCCUCGUUUCUGAAGAAUGCAUGGGCCAAGUAUAGUUAACUGUCAAGUGAGGAAGAGGAGAUAAUGGAAGAAAGCACACGUAUUCAUACAAUGCUAAUGCGUGACACCAAUAGCCCACAGAAUGAUCUUUGCUCAGUUCUCCAUUAGCUCACAGACCCUCCCACCUAAAAUUAGCAUUGAAAGGACUCAAUAAAAGCUGAGUGGGAAAAGCUUCAUUGUAUUCUCACCACGGUGGAUGGGGACUCCUGGACCCACCUUUAAACUUCCUCUGUCUGUGUCUUUAUUUCUCAUUUGGUCUACUCCACUUUAGCAGGUACCUCACGAUACUGGGUAAGGGGCUUUUCCAGGGAAGGAACUUAGAGCAGAAACGGGGCAAGUGACAGCCUGAUAAUAACAGUAUCACUUUGAAUGUACCAGACGCUGUUUUUCUUUUCUUUUUUCUUUCCAGAGAUGGGGGAACAAGGUCUCACUUUGUUCUCCAGGUUAGUGUGCAGUGGCCUAAUCAUAGCUCACUGCAGCCUCAAACUCCUGGGCUUGAGUGGUCCUCCUGCCUCUGCCUUCCAAGUGGCUGGGACUACAGGUGUGUGCCACCGCCUGCUAAUUUUUCUACUUUCCACACUUGAUCUUAGCCAAAAGUCCUAGAAGUGAUCAUUUUUCUUUUCUUUUCUUUUGAGACGGAGUCUUGCUCUGUCACUAAAGCUAGCGUGCCAUAACAUCAGCCUACAGCAACCUCUAAAACUCCUGGGGCUCAGGGAUCAUCCUGCCUCAACCUCCCUAGUGGCUGGGACUACAGGUUAAUUUUUCUCUAUUUUCUAAUCUUUUUGUAGGGACUGGUCUCAAUAUGUUGCUCAGGCUGGUCUGGAACUCCUGGCCUUAAGCCAUCCUCCUUUUAGACCUCCCAAAGUGCUGGGAUUUCACCCCUGCACCUAGUUUUAGACAGUUUUUCCUCAACUCUUUGAGGUAAAGUCUGUUAGCAACCCAUUUUACAGAGGAAGAAAUAGGCACAGAGAUGUCUCUUGGCAUGACCAAGGCAGUGGCAGAGCCUAGGUAUUCCAACCUAGACAGCUGUGUUCAGCCUGCACCCUUCUCCAUUCUAAGUUCCCUGGGUCACGUCAGGGUAGGCAUAUGGAGUCAUAUGUUCCAGCUCUGCCCGAUGACCUAGUUUAGUCAUUAAUAGUGGCUAGCCGCUAGCCUACAGGGUUGGCUGGAGGCUAAUGCACACAGAGGGUUUACUACCUUGCCCACACAUAGUAAGUGCUCAAUAAAUGUUAAUUAUUGAUACUCUUGUUAUUGUUAGGAGUGCUUCUGAGCCCAGGAGGGAAGACUGCAGGGCAGUAUCUCUGCACGCUUUGCAGAUAAGGUCACCCCGCCGGUCUGCAGUUGGAGAGGGGGAUCUUGUCCUCUCACACCUAGCUAAGAGCACGCGAGGAGCGAGUUUGGGGGCCUGAGGCUCCAGGCCCCGCCCCGCCGGGCACUUAAGAAGGGACGCUAGGCGCAGGCGCAGACAACGCGGUCCAGCUCCGUGUGCUGCUGGUGCCCCGCCGCAAGUUGCGUGCGAGUCUCGCCGCCAGCCCCGCGCCUGCCCCGAGGCGCGCACAUGGAGGAGGACGCCAGCCCCCCGGACAGGCCCCGCGCCCGCCCCGCAGUGGCUGUGCUGUGCCGCGGCCCCGUGGAGCCGCUUGUCUUCCUGGCCAACUUCGCGUUGGUCCUGCAGGGCCCACUCACCACUCAGUACCUGUGGCACCGCUUCAGCACCGACCUCGGCUACAAUGGCACCCGCCAUCGGGCGGACUGCAGCAACCACAGCGCGGACCCCACCAUGCAGGAAGUGGAGACCCUCACCUCCCACUGGACCCUCUACGCGAACGUGGGCGGCUUCCUUGUAGGGCUCUUCACGUCCACCCUGCUGGGGGCCUGGAGUGACAAUGUGGGCCGCCGGCCGCUGCUGGUGCUGUCCUCACUUGGGUUGCUGGUCCAAGCCGUGGUGUCCAUCUUUGUGGUGCAGCUGGAACUCCACGUUGGCUACUUCGUGCUGGGCCGCAUCCUUUGUGCCCUCCUUGGUGACUUCAAUGGCCUCCUGGCUGCUAGCUUUGCAUCCGUGGCAGAUAUCAGCACCAGCCACAACCGCACCUUCCGAAUGGCUCUGCUGGAAGCGUGCAUCGGCGUGGCUGGGAUGCUGGCCAGCCUCCUUGGGGGCCACUGGCUCCGGGCCCAGGGAUAUGCCAACCCCUUCUGGCUGGCCUUGGCCUUGCUGAUAGUCAUGGCUCUCUAUGCAGCUUUCUGCUUUGGUGAGACCAUGAAGGAGCCAAAGUCCACCCGGCUCUUCACACUCCGUCACCACCGAUCCAUUGUCCAGCUCUAUGUUGCUCCAGCCCCGGAGAAGUCCAGGAAGCAUUUAGCCCUGUACUCAUUGGCUAUCUUCGUGGUGAUCACUGUGCACUUUGGGGCCCAGGACAUCCUGACCAUCUAUGAACUGAGUACACCACUCUGCUGGGACUCCCAGCUAAUUGGCUAUGGUUCUGCUGCUCAGCACCUCCCCUACCUCACUAGCCUGCUGGGCCUGCGGCUCCUCCAGUACUGCCUGACCGAUGCCUGGGUGGCAGAGAUCGGCCUAGCCUUCAACAUCCUGGGUCUGGUAGUCUUUGCAUUUGCCACCACCACACCCCUCAUGUUCACAGGGUAUGGCUUGCUCUUCCUGUCUUUAGUCAUCACACCCAUCAUGCGGGCCAAACUGUCCAGGCUGGUGAGCACAUCAGAGCAGGGUGCUCUCUUUUCUGCGGUGGCCUGUGUGAAUAGCUUGGCCAUGCUGAUGGCCUCGGGCAUCUUCAACUCACUCUACCCAGCUACUCUGAACUUCAUGAAGGGGUUCCCCUUUCUCCUGGGAGCUGGCCUGCUCUUCAUCCCAGCUGUUCUGAUUGGGAUACUGGAAAAGACUAAUCCUCACCCAGAAUUCCAGCAGUUUCCCCAGAGCCCUUGAUCCACCUGAACCAGAGGAUAGAGGCCCAGAGGAGCAGAGUGAACAUAAACCCACUGGAAGCCUGCGUCUGGGAGCCCAGCCACAGCAGGGCCAGCAGCUCCCCCUGGAAGGGCAGCGUUCACCUUUGUCAGGAUGGUCAAGCUAGACCAAGGUGUUGCCCCAUCCACAGCUGAGCCAGGCUCUGGCUAGGAUUUAGAAUCAUAACCCAGACAGGCCUACUCCAGGGCAGGUCGGGGGAGCCAUCUGAGACCAGAGCCCGUUAAACCUUUAUUCCAUCCAUCACUUAAAACCUUCCAGGGCAGAGGAGAGGUCCUGAUGGAAGUAACACUUCAGGGACCAGGUAAAGCAUGAGGGCUGGCAUCUCUCCUUCCAGCUCAAACUGCACAGCCUCCGGUGCUAGGGUCCCAGUGUGUGCGGCAGCCAACAGGCAUGCCUUAUUGCUGAGCGUGGUACCUGGUUAGUGCCAGCCUUGGUGGGAGGGAGGGCAGUAAAAGGGGCUUGGUGCCCUCUGGAGGGGGAGUGCUGCUAUCACUGUGGUUUGGGAAUCAGCCUUUGGCUCUGAUCUGUCAACCCUGCCCUAAACAGUGCCAAUUGUCAUAAUAAAUCAGUUUAA